AGUAGCGAGAAAGCUUCAAAAGCUCUCGCAAGUUCUAAUUUACAGGCUCAAAAAAUUUCAUUCCGGAACGUGACUAAUUCGACAUAUCAGAUUAAAAAGAAAAAAAUUGUAAAACGUAGUGAAAAUGUGCCAAUUGUUACAAUCUAGUUGUGCUGAAAGAGUGUUAAAUUUGUGAAUUUAGUCUACUGUGUCGGGUAAAAACCAAGAUGAAGCUCGGUAUGUGGGAGGUUGAUCGCGACGCGUUACGCAGAGACGGUCUAGUGCUUUUUAGUAAAUUGAUCCGCACAAAAAACGUUGACAAUUUACAAGAACAACAACCUCGAAGCGAUGACACCAAACAAAAAUUAGCAAAAUGUUUGACGACACUGGAUUUGACAUCGUUAGGUGUAGGAAGUUGCGUCGGUACAGGAAUGUAUUUAGUAGCUGGAAUGGUCGCCAAAAAUGUCGCUGGACCGGGAGUGGUAUUUAGUUUCAUAAUUGCAGCAGUUGCUAGCAUAUUUUCAGGGGCAUGUUACGCAGAAUUUGGAGUUCGAGUACCCCAUACAUCCGGUUCGGCUUAUAUGUAUUCUUACGUUACUGUGGGUGAAUUCAUAGCUUUCGUUAUAGGCUGGAAUAUGAUUCUGGAGUACCUUAUAGGUACGAGUGCUUGUGCGUGUGCUUUGAGUGCCUGUUUCGACGCCUUGGCUAAUGGAGCGAUCACCCAUGCUAUACACGAGAGUAUCGGAGAAGCGAUAGGGAGAGAUCCGGACUUUCUCGCCUUUGUAAUAACUCUUCUAAUGAUGUUGCUCCUAGCGGCAGGUGUCAAAAAAUCGUUAAUCUUUAAUAACAUCUUAAAUGUGAUCAACCUCGCAGUGUGGGUGUUUGUCAUGACGGCAGGACUUUUUUAUGUCAAUACAGAUAAUUGGACCAAACAUAAAGGAUUCCUUCCGAAAGGAUGGUCUGGGGUAUUUACUGGAGCUGCUACUUGUUUCUACGCUUUCAUUGGAUUCGAUAUAAUCGCAACUACUGGCGAAGAAGCGGCAACUCCAAAAAAAUCUAUACCUCUAGCUAUAGUUUCAAGUUUAGCAAUCAUUUUGAUAGCCUACGUUACUAGUUCCAUGAUGAUCACUUUGAUAGUCCCAUAUACUGAAGUUGAUGAAGAUUCUGCGUUAGUAGAAAUGUUUGGACAAGUUGGUGCCUACAAAUGCAAAUAUAUUGUUGCUGUUGGAGCACUUGCUGGUUUAACGGUCAGCAUGUUCGGAUCUAUGUUCCCAAUGCCAAGAAUCAUCUACGCCAUGGCCCAAGAUGGACUGAUAUUCAGAAUGUUUUCGCAAGUCUGGCCAAGUACUGGAACGCCAGUUCUUGCUACAUUUAUUAGUGGAUUAUUGGCAGCUAUAGCAGCCCUAUUUAUACGUCUGGAAAUACUUGUAGAGAUGAUGUCCAUCGGUACUCUCUUAGCCUAUACUUUAGUUUCAACUUGCGUUCUAAUUCUCCGAUAUCAACCACACUCCACCAAUCUAGUGGAGCUCCUUCCUCAAAGCUUGCGAACCCCGAUUAGAGGAUCACCUACCAAAGAAGCAUUGGAUGAGCAUCCGGACGGUAAAGCGCUAUACGGUAACCAGUUACAUCCAGCUCAACUCAAGCAAGCUAUCGACGCUUCCAUUCCUACAAUUCCAUCACCGUCUCCUCUACCACUACCUCCACAAGCUACACAACGAGUAAUGAUUCGAAGGGUAACCAGAAGUUCUCCAGAUAGUGAUGAUACUUUUGGAGGUGAUGAACCAGAUGAAGAUUUUUCAGGGCGGGACGAUCAGUUUCUUGUUUCAGAUAGAACCGAAAAUAAAUUUUACGGAACGGUACAUGGAGCCAGUAGUGCUACUAGUACUGGUGGAGUCGUUGGGGCGGCAGUUGGACCUAGUUUGGGAUACAUUGGACGAAGAAUCCAGGCAGCGACCUAUCUAUGCCCAGCCAUCUUCCCUUGGGUAGACACAGGGCCGGCAACAGAAGAAUCGGGAAUGUUUGUUAUGAAAAUGGUUGGAAACUUAUAUAUUUUGAUAAUAAUAUUUGAUCUAAUCGUUGUUUGUGGAAUGGAUAACAUGAACACCGCAACAUCGAUUUUCCUUUGGCUCUUCUUCUUCGCUAUUCUAGCAAUAUGUCUAAUGAUAUCUCGUAAACCUCAAAACAGGAAAAGUUUGAUGUUCAUGACUCCAGGCCUGCCUUUCAUUCCAGUUGUAGCAAUAACAGUGAACAUAUAUUUGAUAAUGAAGCUGUCCAUUUUAACCUUAGUUAGGUUCACGAUUUGGAUGACUUUAGGAUUUAUAAUGUAUUUUUACUAUGGUAUAAAAAACAGUACGUUAGAAGAAGGACCUGAUAGUGAUCAAAAUAUUGAAUUAACUGUCACUGAUCACGAAAAACCGAAAUAUAAUAAUAGUACGUCACCAUACGGCGAAGAUCAUAAUAUAUACAGUCAACCCCAGACUGCGUACGAAUGGGAUCCGACCAAAGCGUGGGAUCACGGUCCGGCUUGGGCUCAGCCUCCACCUCCCGCCCAGCCACAACUUUACCAGGUCGAGCAGCAUUACAACGUGAACACCAACAAUACUAAAUCGGUAAUUAAUAAAUCGAAGCCUACCACUUCGAGACCGAGUCCCAAACCUAAUUCUCAACCAGCCACCGCUCAAGGAACAACCUCUCAAUCAAACACUCAAGCAAUUGGUGCUGCUUCGAAUUUGUUCGUUAGUGAUCCGCUGGCCUACGCUAAUUGGGAUGAUUAGUAGUGUAAUUAGAGCUUCAUUAAGUUAUAUUUAGAUCUAGAAAUUGAGUACAAAGAAAAUAACUUGGCUUGAAAAAUGUGCUAUUUUCUUAAUACAGUUGUAGAAAUCCAUCGAAGUUUUCUGAAUUUCAUUUGAAACUACAGCAUAUCAUAAGAAGGGGGUAUAUAAGAAAUAACUGUUUGUAAUGCACAUAGGUAACUAUAUAGAAAAGAGAUACGAAAUUAAAUAUGAUACUAGAUGUGGCUAUCAAAUAACGAGAAUGGUGGUAUAAAACAUUUUAUUUUGAUAUAAUAUAUAUUUAUUUUCUAUCACUUUCAAUAUAUGCCCCUCAUCUAUCUUUACAUCGCCCCAUGCGAAUCUUCCAUUGUGUGAAACUGUGCAGGAAGUCUUUUUCUGUCAGUUCCUUCAGGACGCCCUUCGCAUUUUCUUUCACAUCUUCGACAGAUUCGAAUCUUGUUCAUUUCAAUGCAGAUUUGAAUCGUCACACUUAAGUUUGAAUCAUUUUCAAUCGCAUUCAGCAUCUCGGCUAGCUAUCUUGAAACGACUAAGUCACUCAAAAACACAUUGAUGAGACAUACAUUCAUUGCUAUAUACUAGUUUUGAUAAAUUAUAAGUUUCAGUUGCAGUUUUUUCCAGUGUCAUGUGAAAUUUCCCAACAAUACGUUGCUCAGCAAAACAAAAAACUAGCCACAAUACAAACCAAGGCAACGGCUACACUGGUUUGUCUACACAUACGGUAGACACCGCAUUCGAAAGAGUAGGCUUCAGGCUAAACAGCUGAUAGUCGUUAACCCUUGGCGCAUGCGUGCUUUUUCUGUUGCAACGCUAGUCUCGUUGCUUGAUAGCCACACUUCAUACACUGAAUUAAGUGAAACUAGAUCGAAUAAUACUCAAACUAAAACAUUUACGAAAA